AUGUUACGACGAUUUCUCCUCCUUCCCACUGGUCUCGCGGCCUUCGUUACACCCGUGGCCGCGCAGCUGCCAUACAAUCCGACGCGCAUUGUCCCGGCCAAAGAUGGUUCGGUGGCCUACCUCUUCGCGCCGCAGCCUUCUUCCUCCCAGUUUUCACUAUAUGCGCUCGACACCUCAGAGAAUCUGACCUCCACGUCCUCGAAAAGUCCGAUAUCUAAUGCGCUUCCAUUUUUGUCCGACGCCGACUCCAAGGCAUUCAUAACAGUACCCGAUGAUGAAGGCAUCACUGUAUUGGCAGGCGACUGCGAAAAUCCCGCCAAAGAUCUCGAAUUGUGGAAGUUCAUACCAAACAAAGAUGAGAAGAACGGGACCUGGACCAGCCUACCAUUAGCCGCAGGUGACGGCUCCCUAGGCUGCAACUACCUUUCUGCUGGGUUUGAGUUCUCCCCAAGCGCCACGGUUGAAGAUUUAUCACUGUAUAUCUUUGGCGGGAUGUGCCCCAAUGGAACAUCCGUCGAUGCGGCCAACUGGGUUUCUCAUGCAGUCUACUCGAACACAAUGCUGACCUUUGAACCGGCUUCAUCUUCGAAUGGAAGCUCGCCUUAUCAAAUAUCAAUGACUGGAUCAAGAGCUCCCCCGAUUGCAGAAGCAGGAUUGACCAUCACGCCCCUAACACCGACCUUCUCUAAUACGUCGGGGGCCAACGUAUCACAGCAACAGAAUUUCGUCCUGCUUGGUGGCCAUACUCAGGCCGCUUUUAUCAACAUGUCACAGUUGGCCAUCUUUGCUCUGCCGCAAGAGUCUUGGGCUUUUGUUGGAGUGUCUAAGAUGGUUGACUCUGGGACCCGCAAAUUCAGGACGAGAGACGUGACAACCAUCGAACCACGUUCUGGACACACCGCCAUCUUGACCGAGGAUGGGUCCCAGAUCGUGGUGUUCGGCGGAUGGGUGGGGGACAUCAGCACGCCAGCACAGCCUCAACUUGUCAUCUUGGAAGUAGGCCAGGGGUACGGCGGCCAAGGGGAUUGGGCAUGGUCGACUCCCAGCUCAACCUCUGAUCCCUUUCCGUCAAGCUCUGGCUCUGGCAUAUAUGGCCAUGGCGCGGCGAUGCUUCCUGGAGGCGUCAUGAUGGUGACUGGUGGAUACUCCAUCAGCACAUCCGGCUCAAAAGCAAAACGUCAGUUGUCUGACAGGCUCUUGUUCUUAAAUACAACAAGUCUGGAAUGGACCAACACCUACACAAAUCCCUACCCGUCAGGCUCACCUUCUGCAUCGGGAAAUUCACAGUCAUCGACUACGGGACUGAAGCCCUCCGAAAGGGCAGGUUUGGGAGCCGGUCUCGGUCUCGGCCUGGCAGCUGCUGCUGGUGUGGCAAUUGUGUGGCUCCUGUAUUCACGGAAGCUCAGAGCGAGGCGUGCCCUCCGAGAAAAGGAGAUCAGAGAACUUGCACUGGGCGCCGAACGGUACCGCUCACCUACACCGCCUGGAGACAUUCGAGAGAAAGGUGACGGAAUGAGAAGUGCCAGCUGGGGUGGCAUUCAGGAACGUCAGCUCGAGAGCUCUGGAGAUCCUUUUCCCUGGGCACCGGUAGCUCUAACAGACAACAAUGGAAGAGUACGUUUGGCUGUGGGUGCGGGCAGAGGAGAGAGCAACGAUUCUCGAUAUGCCGAGCGCACCGGCGUUCAAAUGGAAGUCCCCAGUCCCACAAGGGGCCUAAGAAAGAAUAUAAUCUCGAAAGCCCCCACGGGAGUCGGGCCAUUCAACCAACAUCCUCCUGGAGCAAUGCCAGGAGCUGUCUUUCGCAUUGAUGAAGAGGAGGAGGGCAGCCAGGUUGGGUCAUGGAAGAGGAUAAAGACUCCAAAGGCUGGGAGUGAUGGGAGCUCAAUGGCGAGCGACCCGUUUGGCGACCCUGUAGCCAUGGCAGAGACUUCUUUACAGAACGAAGCUGCAGUACAGCGGAAGAAAGAGGUCGACGGCUGGGUCGAGGACUGGCAAUCAGCUGCCGAGACCAUGACUUUGUCAAGAAGCACCAGCCAAGCGUAUAGCCGAACAUAUUCCAACCUCUCACAAUUUCGUCCUGCUGGAGGAGGUGCAGGGCGUGCCUCGCCAGAAAAGUCGGACCGAACGGGCAGCAAUCUUUCGGAGAAUAGCAUGACGACCAGCUCGUCCAUUCAGAAAUCGGCGGUUGGUACACUGUCGCGCAACCUGUCUCAAAGAAGUGCCAGCGCAGGAUAUGCGCUCUUCUCGGGCGCUGCAGCUGCUAUGACUCGAUUCGGAACCCCCGGACAAGGCCAACUGCCGCACGAUCCCAGUUCCGGCCUUGCCAGGGCGCCUUCAAACCGCAGCGUGUCCCUCAAUAUCAAUUCUACCAGAUAUUUGACCUCCAAGGACCAUGCCGCCACUCUCUCAUCCGCUCCGAGUAGCUGGCGUCGUGCGCUGGUAGGAGAGGAUCAAGCUCUCUUGAAUCGAAGUAAUCAGCGUCAAUUGCAUGGAGGGCGUGAUUACAGAACGCUCGCCGAGAGCCCGAGCAAGGAUAAAUAUGCCAGAGCGGGUAGCCUUACUGGCUCUGGGCGGAGGGCAUUGAAUCUGCUGGGCAGCAUGAGGCGGGUCUUCACAGGCACGGGCAGUGUCGAUGUCCAGAACCGUGUUGCUACACUGGAACCCCGAAGCACCCAAUCGAGCCCUACGAAGCACUCUGCACAGCCAGAAAUGACAGACGCUGGUCUAAAUAGAGCCUUGAGUGCAGGGGCAUCAUUCUGGCGAGGCAAGCGAGGAGCCAAGGACUGGGAUAACGACGGUCUAGGUCCCAGUGAAGCUGGACCAUCCUCCACAGUCCGCAGGAAGCCGGUUCCUGGAGUAACAUUGGAUGACCACGACGGCGAAUUUGAGGAUGAGGAUGAUGACUGGGACGUGGAGACCGCGGUGCAGAAACGAGUUGUCCAGGUCAUGUUCACGGUCCCCAAAGAAAAGCUGCGAGUGGUCAAUGCCGAUGCGUUGAGUCUGCUGAGCAGCAACAGAAGCGAAGCGGACCACGAUGAGGACAAGGAAAGGGACCACAUCAAAAGGAUGAGCAGCGUUAGGGAACGGGACGAGAACUACGAUCCAGAUGAUGAGACCACAAACGGGAGAGGGAAAGAAAGGGCAGUUUGA